ACGUGACGCUGGAGCAAUGAGCUGCAUUGCUCGGUACCUGGAGGCAGCUGGGCAGCUCCUCCCUAUGAAACAGUCACCAGGGCAGGAGGGGAGCUGGCAACCAGCUCCCUGCAGCAGCCGCGAGUCCCGGAGCGGGCCGGGGCGGGGCUCAGAGCUCCCCCGGGGGAGGCGGAGGGCGCUUGGCCAGGCCGGGGGAAGGAAGGAGCGAGCAGGCUUUGCCCGGGCUUGGGAGCGCGGAAGCAGCAUGGCUUUCGGGAAAAGCCAGAAAGAUCCCUUCAGCACAGCCGUGGGGCACCUGAUAGAGAGAGCAACGGUCGGUGUGCUGCCCGCUGAGGAGUGGGGUCAGUUUGUGCACAUCUGUGACAUUAUUAACACAACGGAUGAGGGGCCUAAAGAUGCAGUAAAAGCACUAAAGAAAAGGAUUUCCAAAAACUGUAACCAUAAGGAGAUUAGAUUCACCUUGUCUCUUCUUGACAUGUGCAUGAAAAACUGUGGCCCCAGCUUCCAGUCUUUAGUUGUGAAGAAAGACUUCUGCAAGGACAAGCUGGUGAAACUGCUGCAUCCAAGAUACAAUCUGCCAGCUGAUACACAGGACAAAAUAUUGGCCUUUAUCAGGACCUGGGCCUAUGGGUUCCAAGGAACCGUGGAUGUGAGCGAAGUGAAGGAAGUGUACCUAGAACUGCUAAAGAAAGGCUUGCAGUUUCCAUCCUCUGAUGCCAACCCAGAGACACACAAGCGAGCUUCAUCUUGGCCCUCUGAAAAGGCACCACCUCCUGCUGCUGCCUCUGUGAAAAGUACUCCAGUACCUCGUCCCCAAGCUCCAACAAUUACAUUGACUCCUGAACAGAUUGGGAAACUGUACAGCGAACUGGAUAUGGCGAAAAUGAAUACGAAAGUCAUGUCAGUGAUAUUAACGGAAAAUGUUCCUGGGUCUGAGAAUCUUGACGAUAUGGAGCUCUUACAGAAACUGUACAAGAUAUGUCGGGUGAUGCAGGAGAGGAUCGUAGAACUGCUGGUGGCAGUGCAGAAUGAAGAUGUGUUAGCUGAAUUAAUACAAGUGAAUGAAGAUCUGAAUAACGUCCUCCUGGGCCAUGAAAGGUUUUCUCGGAACAGAGUGCGUUUCUUGGAGAAUCAGCGAAUCCAGCGUGAGCAAGCAGAGAUCUAUAGCAAACAACCAUCUGCUCCAUCAUGUGAUCUGCUUGACGUCAAUUCAAGUUCUUCAAUUCCUGUGUCAGCAUUGGGGGGAACUGGCACAGAGACUCCUCAGUUUUCAGAAUUAAAUUGCAGAUCUACAAGUGCUGCAGAUGCAAGCAUCCACCAUCCUUUGCUCUACCCUCAGCUAGAUUUACUAGCUAUAGCAAAUGCUCAACAGCCCUCGUUUGCAACUGAAGCACAAAGCACAAGCCAAAGCGUCCCUGAUGGUCAUCUGUAUAACAACCUUGCCACGGUUUUAAACCCAGUGCCUUUGCAGACCGUAAACCUCCAACCUGUUAAUUUCUCAUCACUGAAUGAGACAAAACCAGGCGCAUCACCAGCAGAUGUAUCAAAGAGCAGUUCACAGACACCUCAUUAUUAUGAGAUAAUGGAAUUUGAUCCUUUAGCACCAAGCUACAGCACAGAAGUUAUUUAUGAAGAAAUCGAUGAUUAUAUCUCCAAAUCAGAAGCUAAAAAGCACACAGAUUGCUAAGAGUGGAAGGUGAACUCUCUUAAUGAAUACAAAAGUUAUUCUCUGAUGCCAACACUAGACUGCUUUCUAUAACUGACAAGUGAAUACAAGGAAAGUCUUGUUUGUUAUUUUGAACAUAGCAACAAAUAAGCAUUGGGGUUUUAUGCGUUACCCACUUCCAUGUGUUAUGUUUGGAUCUGCUUUCAAUUCUGAUCAUUGACACUUUAUAUAAGUGAAGUAAGGCCCCAAGUCUGCACACACUUAUUUUUCGAGGGGACUAUUGUAUGUAUUUUUUUGCAGGACUGGGGCCUGGAACAGUUUUUUGUGUGUUUGCAGAAUUGGGGCCUGAAGCAAAAUUGUCUACAGAAUAAUGCACUCUGCCGCUAACUGAAGCAGAACACAAGCAGUCUUAAAUUACAGAGGAAAUCUUUGCUUCAAGAGUAACUAACAUACUGAACUGCUUUGUUUUUUAUGUAGCAAACAAAAUUAAACUACUAUUCAUCUACAGAAACUGAAUAACUCAAUCUGUUUUUUAGCAUUAGUGCUCUUAAUUGGGCAAAUCAUGUGAGUGACACCAUCCAAAAACCUAGGAGAAGUUCUGUAUCUAGGAUCCUCCUAUUUUAGAUCUAUCGACUGUUGUGUGAAUAUACUCACUAUGGAACUUUUUUGCCUUUAUAUUUUGAAUGCAGAUGUUACUUCCUUCUAAAACCUGAUUUGAAGUGUCUGUUGUAAAACAAAGGAGA